UUUAUUAAUGAAUAAUUAACAUCAUUUUACCAAGGAAAUUACUUUAUUUAACAAGAGUGUCAUGUAUUCAUCUAAUAGCCCAACAAAAUAGUUCUAUCUGGCAUUGGCUUUAUGGAUAUCCUCUUUUCUGCAACUUAAAAAGUACUUUUAUUCUAAAGAUAUGGCAAUGUCGUACUACAGCUGGUUUUGGUUAAUUUAAAUUACAAUAACAAAACAAAACAUUUAGAUUUGUACAUGUUUUAAUAGUCGGUAAAUUUUGUGUGCUUGUUUUCAUGUGCUAUUUAAUUAAUUAAAGUAAUGCAAAGAACCUUCAGGAUUUUUUCAAAGAUUUGUAGAUUCCAAUUAAGAAGUAAACCAAAACUUAUACGAGGAUUGAACACAACGUUUGCCUAUCGAAUGUCACAAGCGAAUCAGCCUGCUCAAGAAUCACCAGUUCAGCAAAUGAAUUUUAAGCCACUUGGCAUACCUUCCAAAAUGCGUACCAAUCCAGCACUCAAAAAAAUUGAUAGCCCUGAGUUCCAAGGCAUUUUCACGGAAGAACUGCGAGAGCUAAUUAGCAUAUUCCAGCGCUAUAAUUACGAAGUACGCAUAGCCGGUGGUGCAGUGCGAGAUAUCGUAAUGGGCAUAAAACCGAAAGAUAUCGAUUUAGCUACUACGGCUACACCGGAUCAGAUGAAAGAAAUGUUUACUAAAGAAGGUGUGCGAAUGAUAAACGCAAAAGGGGAGAAACAUGGCACCAUAACCCCGCGUAUACAUAAUAAGGAAAACUUUGAGGUUACAACGCUACGAAUCGAUGUACGCACCGAUGGUCGACAUGCGGAAGUACAAUUUACCACCGAUUGGCAAUUGGAUGCGAAUCGACGGGAUCUUACCAUAAACUCCAUGUUUCUUGGUUUCGAUGGCACUCUUUAUGAUUACUUCUAUGGCUAUGAUGACUUAAUGCAAAGACGUGUUGUAUUUGUUGGUAAUGCCGAUGUGCGCAUCCAAGAGGAUUACUUGCGAAUUUUACGUUACUUCCGUUUUUAUGGUCGCAUUGCUAAGGAACCGUGCAAGCAUGAUGAGGAAACUUUAAAAGCAAUUCGUGCAAAUGUUGAUGGUUUGGCCCGUAUUAGUGGGGAACGAAUUUGGGCUGAGCUGCAAAAAAUUGUCGUGGGCAAUUUCAACUGCGAGUUAGUAGAAGAAAUGAUUGCUUGUGGUUUAGGACCAUAUUGUGGACUGCCAGCGAAUCCUAACAUUGAGGAGUUCAAAAGCCUUUGCGUCAAUUUGACCAGCUAUUCAAAGCCCCAUUUUCCGAUAUUAUUUAUUAUUGCAUUACUUCAUACACCUGAAGACGCUAUGCAAUUGCAUCAGCGGCUUAAACUUUCGGCUUAUGAGAGAGAUUUGGCCCUGUUUAUUACACAAAAUAAACAAAAGGUUGGAGUGGAAUUUUGCACAUUACGCGAUUUCCAAAGACUGUGUUUACAACCUUACGCUAAGCGCGAUUAUGUAGAGGAAUUGCUAAAAUAUAAAAAUAAAUUUGCUCUUUACAAUGAUUUGAAAUCAUGGGCUACCCCGCGUUUUCCUCUUAAUGGUAGCAUGUUAAAAGAAAGCGGAUUAAAUGCCGAUAAACGGAUGGGCGUAAUUAUGACACGUCUUCGCUCAAUUUGGAUUGAUAGUGAUUUUUCAUUAGGAGCAGAUGAAUUGCUAAAAGAACACCUGCCGAAAGUGGUAGAGGGCUUAAAAGAGACACAAACUACGCCUAAUAAAAAGAGGAAGUCUGACUGAUUUGUAAAUCGAAAUAACUUGUAAAUAACUGUUGGCACACUUUGUAACAUUCAUAUAUUUUCAUUAAAAAUUCAGUUAUCUAUUUUUAAUUCGUUAUUAUAAAA